UUUCAGAAUUUUCACCCCUGAGCAGUGGUAUUUCACACACAGCUCCAAAGCAGCCCUCCUUGCUGGAAACGGUUGGAAUUACCUUGAAGACUGUUCUUGGACUUCUAGGUAGUUUUAGUGGGCAGACGUUUCCCUCUGUGGACAGGUCUCAUCUCUGACAUUGCCAGCAGUCCCUGGGAGCCAGGCCUGCUGAUAAGGGGCAGCCGUCUCACUGAUAUCUCCAUAUGCCGGGAAAUGCCCAGCCUGGAAGUGAUCACCCUCAGCGUCAACAGCAUCUCCACCCUGGAGCCCGUGAGCCGCUGCCGGCAGCUGAGCGAGCUCUACCUGCGCAAGAACUGCAUCUCCAGUCUGGCGGAGCUCUUCUACCUGAAGGGCCUCCCGUGCCUGCGUGUGCUGUGGCUGGCGGAGAACCCCUGCUGUGGCGCCUGCCCUCACCUCUACCGCAUGACCGUCCUGCGCAACCUGCCUCACCUGCAGAAGCUGGACAACCAGGCUGUGACGGAGGAGGAGGUGUCCCGAGCGCUGGUGGAGGGAGAGGAGGUCACGGCCCCCAGCAGACAGCACUCAGGGAAUGGCCCGCCCGAGCUGUCCUACACCCUGAGCGCCGAGGACGCCGCCGCCGAGAUGCCACGGGACCCGCUGAGCCUCGGCGAGGAGACCAGCAGCAUCCAGGGGCAGCUCGGCCUGAAGCGCCCUUCCCGGGACCAGUUUCCUUCCUUCUCGCAGAGGGCGGCCACAAGCAGUCGCAAGAACAGGAACAACGUCCUGACCGCCGUCCUCCUGCUGCUGCGGGAACUAGACAGCGAGGGGCUGGAGGCCGUCCACCAGCGCGUGGUCAGCCGGCUCCAGGCCCUGCAGAAGCAGGAGCUGCAGGAGGCCAUGGAGUGACUGUCAGCGGGGACCCCGAGCUGAAGUCCAGCGUCUUCCCGAACACCUGGGAGGGUGGGGGUCACAGCUGCGGCCUCUGCUUGACCCCAGGCUGAGCCUCGGCGCACAGGGCUGCGUCCUUAGGAAGCCUCGCCCACCCAGGAAAGCCGAGCUUUCGCUGUGGAUGGGCACCACGCCAGGGCAGGAGGGGCUGGCUGGGCAGGCCUUCCCCUGUGCCCUCCGCUGUGAGGGGCCGUAGCCAGAUGCCCUCCUGUAUGGCAGGGCCACCUCGACUUGCCUCUUCCUGAAGGUGGGCUUUGCAGCCGUCCUCCCUAAUAAAUAUUUUUCCAAAGUCUGACCUGGAAGCAGACGUUUCCUGAAUGACAGGCACGGCCUUGACAUUCUUGUUAAAGGUAAGGGCAGUCGCUCGCGCAUGUUUUCUCAGCCAGUUGUCUGACGCUGUCAUGGGAUGGAUUUCUGUUGACCACAGGAGACUUCCAGAACGGUGGCAGCCUUAGGGGUGGGCUGCCUGUCGCCUCCAGGGACGUUCUGUCUGCAGUGCACUGUGUCCCUUCUUGAGAGCCCCGCACGACACAGGGUCUGUGCUGCCCGAGUGAGAAGACCUGGACAACAGGCCUGCCGCUUCUGUCCGGGUACCGGAAGCAGCCGCGUGGGAAGGGACAGCCUUCUGGAAAAGGCGUCUUAUGUUCUCUUUCUUUGGGAAGAGUCGCAGGCCUUGCUGCGGUGACCGGGAUGCGGGCGGUGACUCCACAGCCCUGGGGUCCUUCCUGGUGCCCCCAGUGCAAGGGGAGGAGGGUGCCCGCCGAGCUGUUAGGGGAGGUCCCUUCUUGCUGGGCUUGAAAUGACAGGGACUGGUGUCCUGUUGGGGCAGGAACAUCCACGUCCCUGUGGGAGCCGAGGGUGUGUCAGGUUACAUGAGGGCUGCACAGACCCAAGGGGGACUGACCACAGCGUGUGCAAGACACCAGCCCGAAAGAUCACCGGCUCCGGGAAGAUGAAGCUGCACUCGUGGUGCAACCGUCUCACGCUGGCCUCGUGGGGGGCCCCGGGAAAGGCAGUGGUUCACCUUGGGGCCCCCCGUACUUCUCAGGGCAGGGGGUGAGGUCUGGCCGCGGGAAGCGAGGACUCGCCACGCGGGGCCAUCUAGGACAGGUGGCCGUGGCCUGUGCAUGUGCCUUCUCUCGUGUUAUGGGACGUUGCAUGUCUUCAAUAAAGCCCCGUCCUGGUCAGAACAA